AUGAGCAAGUAUAUUGUGGACUGUUGUUUAAACCAUGAGAUGCUAUACUUGGUUUUACCAAUGUUACAAGAAGUAGAUUUAAACUGCCAGGAGGAGACUAUUCGCGUCUUUAAAGAGAUAUUAACCAAAACGAUUCAAGUAAAAUUAGAUAAGUUGAACAAGGCUCAACUUCUGAACAGGGCGUAUAGUUCCAAGGAUUUUUUAAUGGAGGGGCAAGGUUCGGUAACGCUCGCUUCUAAACCAACCAAGGCACAGGAAAGUUUUAUCAAGAGUUUGAUUAAGGUGGUUUUGCAUGACUUUUCAAAAAAUAAUAGUCAAAUUGUUGACUAUCAAGGCAAUUUACUUACUUCUCUCUGUAUAGAAAGGAUAUACAUAGAGGAAACUACUUGGAAUGAGGAUUUGAGUACGGAUCCCAAUGAACUGUUAAGGGUUAUUAAUGAUGUUUUAAGUUGGCCAUCAAAUCAGUACGAAAGCUGCAAUCGCCGCAACAAGCCUGUCCAGAUGGAGAAAGAAUUUAGAAUCCACUUCUACCAGAUACCUCACAAUACCGACGUUUUACUGAACUCGCAGAUCAGUGAAGAGUUCGAUAAAAUUGAUUUAAGGGAUCCUUCCGACUAUGCUGAGAAAACAUACGUCUCAGUGGACCGAACACCUUCCUGGUUACCGUUUUCUGAAGAAACCCUUAACCAGAUACAGAUCCAUCUAAUGCCGUCUUUGGAGCUAGAAAACGUAUGGGAGUCCCUCUAUUUUGAUGAUGAUAUUAAAGAAAAACUUUUCAGUUAUGCGACAAUUGCAUUGAACGUGUCACAAUAUACCUCUUCGGAUCCUGUCAAUACCAUAGCUGACAGCAAUCGGCUGCUAUUAAUCCAUGGCCCUCCCGGAACCGGUAAGACAACAAUAUGCAAAGCGUUAUGCCAAAAGCUGGCUAUCAGGCAAAACAGUGGACUUUCUUUAGAAGGAAAAUGCGUCCCGCCAGUAAUUCUUAUAGAACUUUCGUGCUCUAAAGUAUUUUCCAGAUGGUUUGGGGAAUCUUCAAAAAAUGUAGACACUUUAUUCAAAGAUUUGCAAGAACUACUAAAACAGAAUACCACAAAUAACCAAUUUGUUUGUUUGCUUAUAGAUGAAGUGGAAACUAUUGCAUUUUCGAGGGCUAGUCUCAUAAACAAGAAUGAAACCACAGAUGCUAUUAGAGUGGUAAACACCCUGUUGACACAAUUAGAUAACUUGAAGAAAUAUAGAAAUUUCAUCACUUUAGCAACUUCAAAUUUACUCGAUUCCAUGGACCCUGCGUUUAUUGACCGUGCUGACGGCAUAUUUCACAUACCAAAACCAUCCACGCAGGGAUGCAAAUCCAUCAUAGAAUCUUCAAUUAAACAAUUGAUCGAUGCUGGCAUCAUCAAAACUAGCAACAAGUUAUCCAUAGAGGAACCGUUAAUUCAAGGAGUUCUGGAAAAAAUCGUUACGCGUUGUUCACAACAGGAACUAAGUGGCAGAACCUUAAGAAAACUUCCCCUGAAGGCCAUUUCCGAACAUUUUACUCAAUUACCUGUGGACCUGACCGCAUUUCUAGUAGCAUUAGCAUCUAGCUCAACCCAUUCAAACCAUGAAAUGACAAGUAUUAGGAACUUAUAG